AUGGUUACAUCUAAUAGUAAUUCUGUUAGCUUACCGAAAGCUAAUCCAGUAAUAAUAACUUGGGAGAGUUUAACAGUAACUGCGAAGAGAACUAAACGUCUACUGCUCGAUAAAGUCACAGGGAUUGCUCUACCAGGCCAAUUGAUUGCUCUUAUGGGUGCAAGUGGCGCUGGAAAGACAACAUUAUUAAAUGCAUUACUACACCGAAAUGUGAAAGGUUUAGAGAUCGAUGGCACAGUAAAAGUUAACGGACAUAUUGUUUCUGCUUAUAUUCAGCAGCAAAAUCUAUUUAUAAAUUCGCUCACAGUUCAAGAGCAUCUGUACUUACAAGCAGCACUUCGUCUACCUUCAUCGUAUUCAAGUCACGAAAAGAGCUUACGUGUAAAACAAGUAAUCUCGGAUUUGGAAUUGGAAAACUGCGUAAAUUCACGCAUAGGACAAUCAGGCAAUGGACAAGGUGUGACCAGUGGUGAAGCGAAGAGAUUAGCCUUUGCUUCUGAGAUCUUAACUAACCCCUCGCUGUUAUUCGCGGAUGAACCAACCACAGGAAUCGAUUCCUUCAUGGCAUAUCACGUUGUCAAGGUUCUCGAACGAAUGGCAUCAGAAAAUGGAAAAACAAUUAUUUGUACCAUUCAUCAGCCAGCAUCAGAUACGUUUGAACUAUUUGAUCGUGUACUAUUUCUUGCGAAUGGAAAGACUGCUUUUUUAGGUUCACCUGCUGAAGCCGUGCGAUUUUAUGCGGAAGUUGGAUAUCCAAUCCCAGCUCAUACUAAUCCUGCUGACUUUUUUAUCCAAACACUUGCGAUUGUGCCUGGAGAUGAGGACAAGUGCACAUUACGAGCAAACGAAAUAGUUGAAAAGGCAACUGCUAUAGAUGAGAAAAAAAAUUUGAAUUUGAAAUUAUUCAUAAGUUCGAAAUAUCAUGCGAAGUUGUGUGAUGAGAUGAAACGCGUUAAAGAAGGAGGUCAUGCUGAACUUGUCGAACAUGGCAAAGUUUCUCUUACAACUCUCACUUACGCUCUUUUUUUGAGGUCGUUUAAAGACAAUAUACGAAAUCCUUCGUUGCUACAAGCAAAACUUAUUCAGAAAUUUGUAAUGGGUUUAUUUUUGGGGACAUUAUAUUUGCAGACCAAAAAAAAUCAGGAAGGAAUUAUUGAUAUUAAAGGAGCAUUGUUUUAUUAUAUAUCGGAGCUAACUUAUUCAACAGUGUUUGGCAUUCAAACUUUUCUACCAGCAGAUUUUCCACUGUUAGUCAAGGAAUAUCAUGACGGAAUAUAUCCUGUGGUGUGCUAUUAUUUAUCGAAGAUAUUUUCAUACUUACCAAUUUUCACUAUUGAUGGCUUUUGCAUGGUUUGCAUCAGUUAUUAUUUGAUCGGAUUCUACCCUGAUAUUGUCACAUUUUUGAUCACUUUAUUGACCUGUAUGUUAAUUGAAUGGUCUGCUGCUAGUAUAGGCAUAAUGUUAAGCUCGGUUUCUCCAUCGUACGCUAUCGCAAUUUCUGUAUCAGGACCAUUAUUGACUGUCUUCUCGAUAACCGGUGGUCUUUAUACAAAUAUAGCAACGAUUCCGGAAACUCAAGCAGCAUACUGUGAAGGUAACGGAGAAACAGUGAUCAGAAAUUUGAAUUUCAAUGAAAAUAAUAUGUACAUGAAUUUGGGUUCGAUGUUGUUUUACAUCUUAUCAGUCUUCAUCGUGGGUUAUAUCGGUCUUGUUUUACGCGUUCAACUUGAGCGCUAA